UGACUUUUGCAAUGAAAUACAGAUACGAGUUGCCUAACAAAUGGAUAUCUGGAGACAACAAUUGAUUGGAUUCCUGGAAUGAACAACAUCCGAUUGAAAGAUCUUCCAACCUUCAUCCGAACCACUGGCAAUGACCCAAAUCACUUUAUGCUCAAUUUCCUCAUCCGCGAAAUAGAUCGAACUAAUAGAGCCUCUGCGAUCGUCAUCAACACAUUCCACGCGCUCGAACGCGCCGUCGUCGAUUCUCUCUCCUCCACCUUCAUUCCACCUCUCUACACCAUCGGACCACUACACCUAAUGCUCAACAACCAAAUCUCCGCCGACGAUAAAUUGAAAUCCGUAGGCUCCAAUCUCUGGAAAGAAGACCCCGAGUGUCUCGAUUGGCUCAAUUCCCAACAACUCAACUCCGUUGUGUACGUGAAUUUCGGUAGCAUCACUAUCAUGACCGCCCAACAACUCACUGAGUUCGCUUGGGGACUCGCCAAAAGCGAGAAGAACUUUUUGUGGAUAAUUCGGCCCGACAUUGUUUCCGGCGACACUGCCAUUUUGCCGCCGGAGUUCGUGCCGGAGACCAAAGAUAGAGGGGUGUUAGCGAGUUGGUGCCCUCAAGAACAGGUCCUGAACCACCCUGCGAUUGGAGGGUUCUUGACUCAUAGUGGGUGGAAUUCGACGAUCGAAAGCGUUUCCAACGGUGUUCCGAUUAUCUGCUGGCCGUUCUUCGCGGAACAGCAUACAAAUUGCUGGUACAGUUGUGGGGAAUGGGGAAUUGGGUUGGAGAUAGAUAGUGAUGUGAAGCGAGAAGAAGUGGAGAAGCUUGUGAGGGAGUUGAUGGAGGGUGAGAAGGGGAAGGAGAUGAAGAAGAAGGCCAUGGAGUGGAAGAAGGCGGCGGAGGAGGCCGCCGGAGCUGGUGGCUCAUCUUCCCUCAACUUCGACAAACUGGUCAGUGAGCUAGUGAAAUAAAUAAAAUACUAUUAUUAUGUCAUUUUAAUUGUUUUUUUUUUUUUUUGGUGAUGA